AUGGAGUACCUGGCGCUGGUGCGCCCCCCGCGACCCGAGGUGGCCGCGCUCGUCGAGGGGCACAUGGCGCCCCUGCGGCGCCUGCGGGCUGCCGGAGGCGACGGGGCCUGGUGGCGCGCCGCGGCUGUGGUCGACCUGGCCGCGGGGGCCCUCCAGGAGGCCUGCUUCUGCGUGCUUGACGGCUUCCUGCCGCCGCAGCUCGCCGAGCAGCUGGCAGAGGGCGUCUGGGGCUCCCGGCCGGUGGGCCCGGUGGGCGCCGAGGGCAAGAACGGCUGGACCCGGGGCGGCACGGCCCGUGCAGCAGAGGCAAUCCAGUCUGGAGGCGGCCUGGAGGAGCGGAACGAGCGCCUGGCGAGGGCGCUCCUGAACCCCAGCCGCGGCGACGUCGCCCUCUUCUCGGACGGCGAUCACCACCUGCCGGGGACCUGUGCGCUCUGCGCGGCGGUGGACGAGCUGGUGGACGCCCUGGGCAGUUGCCCAGCGAUCGCCCAGCGCCUCGCCCACACGGACUUUGCCAACAGCGCGAUGUUCACGGUCUACCCGGGGGGCGCGUCGCGGUACAUCAAGCACACGGACAAUUCGGCGCUCACGGACGGCAGGCGCUUGACCGCGAUAUUGUAUUUGAACAAGGUCUGGGAGCCUUCUCACGGCGGCCAGCUGCGCAUCUUCGAGCCGACCAUGCAGAGCGUUCAGUUCAAGGCGGACAUCGAGCCCCUGUUCAAUCGCCUCGUCUUGUUCUGGUCCACGGAGGAGGUCCCGCACGAGGUGCUCCCGAGCUACCGCGAGCGAGCCGCAGUGAGCAUCUGGUACUGCUGCGCCCGGGAGUGCCUGCAGACCGAGGAGGCGUUCAAGCGCCUCGCCUGCCGGGCCCGCUGCAUUGCGGGGCGGUCCCGCGCGGAUCGCCUGGAGGCGGCGGGCUGGACGCCGGAACAGCGGCGGCUGCUGCGCCUGCUCGGGGAGCCGCCCUCCCCGGGCGCGGCGCCGGAGGAGAGCGCCGCGGGGCGCGAGCGCGAGGCCGUGCGGGCGGCCGUCCUCCACGACUUCGGCGGCUGCGAGGCGCACCGGCGGCAGCGCGAGCGGCUGAGCCGCCUCUUCGGCUGGGACGCGCGCGCCGCGGAGGCGCAGCGCCAGGCCUCGGAGGCCCAGCGGCAGCAGCGGGGCCUCUUCGAGGCCCUGGGCCUGCCCUUGCCCGCCCCGCUGGAGGCGCCCGCGCCGCGGGUGCCGCAGACCUCGGCGCCCGCCCUCGCCGAGGAGCUCUGCAGACGGAGCGCAGGGGGAGGAGCAGUGGCAGAGGCUUAA